AUGUCAGUGCUUAAGCAGUUCCUUGACUCUUUCCAGAAACAGGUUACAGAGCUUCCUGAUGUCGAGUUAGCUGAUCUCGCUGAGGAUUCAACGGCUGCAUGGGCAAGGAAAGAAACAGAAAAAAAUGAUUUUAUGCAGGAAGAAUUCUUGAAGCGGGUAUUAGUUGCACCAGAAGACGUAAAUGAUCCGCGCUAUUCAGGUCGGAAAGUAUCAUCGAAAGCAGUCUUUGAUGAUCCUGGCAUAUCUAAUUUAGCACGCUUAAAAUCUAAUAACGAGGCUCAUAUUGAUGAAAAUUUAGAUGAUUCUCAAGCCGAUUCUGUGGUGAAUGAAGAUGACAGUGGCAGUGAUGAGAUUGAUGAUACUUCAAGUCAAAGAUCGGGAUUUGAUGAUAAUGAUCAAGAAAGUAGAGAUGAAGACAAUCAGAAAACUGAAAUAGAGGGACGAAAUGAUGCGGAUAAAAAUUUGACAACCAUUUCAAGUGACACUUCGCGUCAGAAAGCUGAAAGUAUACAGAAUCAAUUAAUUAUUUGGGAUAAACUAAUGCAGUUGCAUAUUCUAUCACAUGCAGCAUUAAGAGCUUUUAAUCAGCUUCCAAGAAAGGAGCUUGCAAAACAGUUACAAAUGUCAGCUGAUGAGGACGUCAUGAAGAAUUAUAAAACCAAGUUUUUUCAUAAACGAAACAUUGUACCGGAGCGCUUAUUUGCAGUGCGAAAAAAUGUGCUACAAUUAAAUCAGCUAUUUAUUUCAAUGGAAGACAAUUUGCUGAAAUCUUCCAAGCAUACAAAGGCUCUAGUUGCUGAUAACGAUGAUGUCGAAAAAUCUGAUGAUUCCGUAGAUGAAGAAAUCGAAAGCUCAACAGAUAACGAAGAAGAAAAUAGUCUUGUAAAAUUGGAUGAUAAAGUAGAUGAAGAAGAAACCGAUACUUCAUUGUCAGAGGAAAGCACUACUACUCGUGAUAUUAAAGUUGGGAGCUCAAAGAAACAAAUAUCACGAAAAAGAAGGAAAUCAAUGCCGUUCUUAAUAAAAGAAUAUGCUAAAAGACAUCAGCGAUUUGAGCCAUUUCGGUCGUCCGUUCUAUCAAAAUGGGACGAAAGAACGACAUUAAGUGCUGCUGCUUCUGAAAAAAACAAAAAGACAGAUUUUAGUGGUUUUGAGUCCGCUGUGUUGAAACAAAUAGAACAGAUAAUGAGUGAAAAACAUCGGCUGAUUCGUAGAACUCAGAUGAAGCGGCAUGAUGUUGAUAGAAUGGGAAGUACCGAGGAUAGCAGUUAUGAUGUAGAAAUUUUUGAUGACGAUGAUUUCUACCAGCAACUUUUGAAAGAACUCAUUGAAAAAAAGACAGCUAGUUUGCAUUUAAGGCAAUGGCUUGAGAUACAGAAAUUGCGUCAAAAACGCUCGAAAAGAAAGAAAGUUGAUACAAAAGCAUCGAAGGGUCGAAAAAUACGAUAUGUCGCGAUCCCGAAACUAGUCAAUUUCUUUCCUUCGAUGGCAGAAAGUGCUAAGUGGAGUCACGAAAUGAGGAACCAAUUAUUCAAAUCAUUAUUCACCUCAUGA